AGUUUUGAUGUAUUUUUACCAAAACAACAACAUUACUAUACAAAUUUUAGAAACUCCAAUAUAAGUGCUCUGACAUUUAAAUAUUUUAUAUUUCCAGCUUUUGUCUGACUACAAAUUCUAGAAAGCCGGGUGGUGAAAUUUGACGUGAUUUGUAAAAUUGAGUGGAUAUAUUUGAAGUGAAGAAUAUGGAAGGGAAAGUUACCGUACUGACACCAAGUAAUCGAAGGCAAAAUGUGAAAGUCACUCCAAACACAACAAUACUUCAGAUUCUGGAGGAGGUAUGCCAGAAACAUGAAUUGGACAGCCAUGAGUACUGUUUGAAACAUCACAACAAGGAAGUUGGCCUGACCCAAUUGUUUCGAUUCAGUGGACUUCCAAACAAUUGCUUAUUAGAAAUGUCAAAGACCGAACGCAGAAGAACUGAGUCAAAUGUUAAUAUAUGCGUUCAAUUGGAGGAUGGAUCUCGUGUUCAAGGAGAGUUUAAACCCAGCAGUAGUUUAUGGCAAGUAAUAGAGCAGCUCAGUUCUGAUGCAUUGAAAAGUUAUGCAAGUCCUGUAGUAAUUUAUAUGCGUCAAGAAAUUAUUGGCAAGGAGCGAUUGGCAGAGACAACACUUAAGUCAUUAGGUAUUUUUGAAGGAAGAGCUAUGGUGAGAGUUAUAGAUAAAACAGCCGAUGAUUUGAAGUCACAAGCUAAUGUCUACAUACCACCAACUGUGAAAGAAAAGCCCAAAGAAGUGGACGAAAAGCCGAAACAAAAUGUAACAAAAAACAGUGGGGGUGGAGGAUUUGCCAUAACGAAGGAUUUAGUACAAUCGCUUAAAAAAUCGACAUCUAAUACUAACGCUGAAAAUGAUGAAGCAGUAGUGAGUACAACAACUACAACAGAUAGUAAAGAAAUCGAACCGGAAAAGCCCAAAUAUGAUUGGGGUACGGGUACGGGUUAUUCUAUACAAAGUUCAAGGCACAAGCAAGAUGUCGCAAAAAAUUUAAACGGAGAAGAAGAGGCUGAAGAAACGGCAAUGGACAUUGAACCGGAAGUAAUUAUUAUUGGCGAAAGAAACGCUAUACUUUAUUCUUUGGAUGAUACGCAAACACAGGCUGAAGAAUUGCCAGAUUCAUUUUUUGAUUUAACAGUUGAGGAUCUUAGGCUUGUAUUACGUGAUUUAAAGAAAACUUCCAGAGGUGAUGAAGAUGCACCAUUACUCACCGAACGUCUACGUCAAUUAGAAGGCCAAAAAACCAUGCUAAAUAAAAUAGCACACUAUAAAAAUUGUGUAAUACGAAUACAGUUUCCCGACCGGUUUGUUCUCCAGGGUAUCUUCAAGCCUAUCCAUAAAAUUUCAGAUGUUAUGGAUUUUGUGCGUAAAUUUUUGCAUAAUGAGCAAGCUAUGUUUCAUUUAUUUACGAUACCACCCAAAUAUAUUUUACCAUUGGACAAGACGUUGUUGGAAUUAGAUUUCGUGCCUACUGCUGUUUUACACUUCGUCUUUCAAGACAAAGAGGAAAAUACUAAUAGUGCCGAUGAAUUAGUUGUGCAAAACUAUUUGAAGACGGAAUUGAAGGAAAAGUUAACUACUAUAGAAGGCGCCUUUUAUGCUGCAAACAAAAUGCGUACAACAAUCGCUCGAGUUUCCAAACAAAAUACAAACGCCGAUAGUGAUCUAUCGCUUCAUGCGCAAAAUGAACGUCGCACACCAGACUCAUCAUUGGGUGCCAUACCGAAGAAACUACGCAAUACUAACCUCAAAAUGUUUUGAUUUGAAAUAAAAAUAAAAAGCCUGUUGUAUAUUGGAUCAGGGUUCAUACUAUUUGCUUAUUUCGAAUUUUAUUAGUAAAUUGGUGUAAUCUUAUUAAUUUUUUAAACAUUUUUUACAUGCAUAUUCAAAAUAAUCGAGAAUAUCUAGCUUUCACGUAAUAAUAUAUAUAUAUACAAUCUGUAAAAUCAUGAUUAACUGUAUUACAUAGAUCUGGCUUAAUUCUGGGAUUGUAAGGUUGAUACUACAUAUUUCGUAUGGAUUUACAAUAAAGUGCAUUUCUAAUACACAUAAA